CGAGAGAGUCCGGACAUUUCCGAAGGAUCUUUUAGCUUGGUGCGUCAGUUUGAAAAGUGGGCUGUGACCCGUUUGCCUCUGAAGUGGGAAGUGGGUUCAUUCUCUCGUAAGGAGCUCAGACAUGAGACGACUCGGGAUGCUUUGUGUUGUCUUGGCGCUGCUCGUCGCUCAAUGCGCCGCCGUCGUAAGAGUCCCUCUGUAUAAAACCAGAAGUGUCCGCCGCCUCAUGAGCGACAAUGGGAGGACUGUGGAGGAACUGCGGGCUCUGGCCAAGAGCGUCGGGUCUCCGGACAGCUCUCCGUCCCCCAAGCUGCCCGUGGAGAGGCUGACCAACUUCAUGGAUGCCCAGUACUAUGGCGUCAUCAGCAUCGGCACCCCACCGCAGAACUUCUCCGUCCUGUUUGACACCGGCUCCUCCAACCUCUGGGUCCCGUCUAUCCACUGCGCUUUCUUCGAUCUGGCCUGCUGGGUUCAUCGUCGUUACAACUCCCAGAAGUCGAGCACGUACGUGAAGAACGGAACGGAGUUUUCCAUCCGGUACGGCAGAGGCAGCUUGUCCGGCUUCAUCAGUGAGGACACCGUCUCGGUUGCGGGUUUAUCUGUGCUCGGUCAGCAGUUUGGAGAAGCGGUGAAGCAGCCUGGCAUCACCUUCGCCGUGGCGCGGUUCGAUGGCGUCUUGGGCAUGGCGUAUCCCUCCAUAUCGGUGGCUAAAGUCACACCGGUGUUCGACACGGCCAUGGCGGCCAAGCUGCUGCCGCAGAACAUUUUCUCCGUCUACAUCAGCAGGAACCCGAAAGCAGCAGUGGGAGGAGAGCUGAUGCUGGGUGGGACCGACCCGCAGUACUACACUGGAGACCUACACUACGUCAACGUGACGAGAAAGGCCUACUGGCAGAUCGACAUGAACAGAGUUGACGUGGGCAACCAGCUGACACUCUGCAAAGACAGUUGCCAGGCAAUUGUCGACACAGGAACGUCUCUAAUCGUGGGUCCAGCCGCAGAAGUCAGAGCGCUGAACAAAGCCAUCGGCGCUCUGCCUCUGCUGAUGGGAGAGUACAUGAUUGACUGUAAGAAGAUCCCGACGCUUCCUGUCGUCUCAUUCGACAUCGGAGGGAAGGUGUUCAACUUGACCGGGGAGGAUUAUGUCAUGCAGGAGUCUCAGAUGGGAGUGUCCAUCUGUCUGUCUGGGUUCAUGGGUAUGGACAUCCCGCCGCCGGCCGGCCCGCUUUGGAUCCUGGGAGACGUAUUCAUUGGGAAGUACUACACCGUGUUCGACAGGAAUAAGGACAGAGUCGGGUUUGCACCUGCCAAGUAGGACGCUGCUAAAAUUUCUUUUCAACUUCUAAUUAGACUUUCAAGAAAAAUAACCAGCUGCUGAGCGCAAAUUAAAAACCACAGCAAGAAAUGCUACAGUUCACCAUUUCCAAAGAUUCAGCCUUAAUUGCUAGAAAGUUCAGCAUGUUGACGUGCAUCGAUGCCUCUGUUUGGGUACUUAUUUGUUGCACUUAUAUGAAGCUGCAUUAUGUUAAAAUUUAAAUCUACGCGUCCUGGUAUGUUUCCAAACCAUGGAUUUUAUUUCCUCUGCUUAAAACCAAUUUUUUUUUUGUCUUGUAAUUAAAUUAAAAUUCUAUCCAAUGUGAGCUUUUCAAAGCUGAAUAAAAAUCUUGAAUGCUUUCAUUA